CUUCUAACUCAACGUUAUAAUUUUAUACUUGAAAUAUGCCUGCGUCUAUGACCUCUUAGUAAGAUUGUUGCCGUUUGAGGGGCAAAAACUGCAUAUGCGUCUCUUUUCUACAACACCAAGACCUGUUCCUGACCUAAAAUUUAGAUACACAUUUGUUUUUUUUCAGGUUCACUAUGCCUCCGUAACGUGCACGUAGUGGUGCCGGAGGCGGUGGAGCGAGGGUCUAAAGUGGAGAUGAAGUGCCUCUAUGACCUCGAGCAGGAGGUCCUAUACUCCGUCAAAUGGUACCGCGGGGACCGAGAGUUCUGUCGAUACUCCCCGAGGGAUGUACCCCCACUGAAGAUAUUCCGGAUACCUGGUAUCGAAGUUGACAAAGAGGCGACUGAUGCGGAAAAGCUAACGAUCCAGGCAUCAACACAGACGGCCAGCGGUCGUUACACGUGCGAGGUGUCGGCGGACGCGCCGUCCUUCCAGACAGCGCAAGUGCACACGCACAUGUAUGUCGUUGUUCUACCAAAGUCUGGGCCGUCGAUGCACGGGCUAAAGCGGCGGUACAGGCCCGGCAUGAAGCUAAAAGUGGAGUGCAUCAGUCGCCACUCCCUGCCCGCCGCCAACCUUUCCUUUUUCAUCAAUAACGAUGCGGCGCUGAGUCAGCACGUCCUGCACCGCGUGGACGGUGAGACCGUUGGCGGGCCCAUGACCGCCUACAGCACAAUACAGUUCGUUGUACAAAAACAUCACUUCGUCAGAGGGAAAAUUAAGAUUCGGUGUACAGCAAGCAUAUACUCCAUAUACCUGCAAAGCUUAGAAAAGAGUGCCGAAGAGGAGAGGAUACGGACCACUCCCGUCAGCCUCCCAGAGGUGCACGAAGCAGUAGUUUACUCUAUACAUCGCCUGCCAGAAAACAAUGGCUGCAAGAAGUCGGGGAGCACAUCAACUACAGUGAAAAUAAUUCUUCUGUUAACAUACCUUCUUCCUAACGUUCUAAGAUAAUUUCAUGUAUGUUUAUUAGUUAGUAACAAUUUAUAAUCGCCUAUGUUCUUACGAACGUAUAGAACUAAAGAUCCUGUUUCUAUGACUGAUAAAUUCUUCACUAUAUUUUCACUGUUAAUAUCUUGUAGUUGUGCCAACCCGAAUUUAUGUAUUUCAUUAAAUGGAAUACACCAAAUACGAUUCUAAUUUUCUUAAUACCUCGGAGCAAUUAGUUCAAUGAAGUCUUGAAUCUCCUACAAAACGGAUCAUAAAGUAAAUAAUAUAAGUUUCAUCAGAGUAAACAUAAUUCGAUUUGGUUAUUUAGAUUGAUUAUACAUUUCUAAUUUCCAUUAUGUUUAUUUAGUAAUAUUAAGAAGAAAUGGACCUGGUACCUAAGGAGUUUUAUGUAUAAGCCUAGGUAUGUAUAUAUGUACAUAUGUAUGUGCUCAAAUACUUUAAAUAAAUAAUGAGA